AUGGGUCCUCAGCGCGCCGCUCGACGAUCAGUUGCUACCCGUCAUCAUCCUCAUAGGAUUCCGGAGGUGUCUGUCCGUCAACAUCGCAUGCUUACUCGUAGUAUGGCUCAGGUACAUCCUGCACCUGCGUUUACUCGUAUGAAUGGAAGUUCCUCUUACCCAGAGGCUUCUACCUCCGCACUGGACACCGACAGCAAUCCCCCUCACUGCCCCUCUUCGCCUUUCUCGGAAAAUUUGAUUACUGCACCUUUGUAUAGUCAUGUCACUCAGUGCCGCACUCUCCACGAGGCUUCUAGUUCCUCUCUCGUCUCGAACGCCAAUUUCUCUCUCUCCCUCCUCCCAGACACGUCUUCAUUAGAGGCAUCCAGCUCUUCUCGUGUCUUGAAUGCCAAUCUCUCGCUCCUCCAAGACUCCCCCUCACUCGAGGCCCACAACCCUCCUUCCACUGUUAAUACCACCAGCAGCGAUCUUUCUUCCGAAGUUCGAACUUCCAUGGGCGAACUUCCGUCAAAGCCCGGUAUUCCCGUAGAGCUUUUGACGAACUCUGAUCAGAGAUUCGUCACGGAUCUGGAGUUGUUCGACACGCGCUCCCGGCGUCUCUUCAAUGAACAGAAAAACUCAUUGGAAUUCGCCGAGAAAUGUAUAGAAGUGUUGGUACAGCAAUGUAUCGAUCUGAGGAAGAUAAAUGAUUUAAAACGCAGCAUCCGAAAGCUGGAGCUCUGUUGUUCCUUUUGCAAUGAUCUUGCGUGGAAUCCACAUGUCUUCUCUCCUGAUCUAUUUCUUCUACUUUCACCGGUCAGCUUUGGAUCGAAGGAGCGUCCAGUAUAUGGCUUGAAAUUGGAUUUAUUCGUUUCUCCAUCCUCAGUGGAAGGAUGCUCUUCCACAAUGUACGCUACUUCAAGUAAUUGUAAUUCAAUUGCCAAUAUCGACAAAGCCCAAGCUGCGCGAUACUGGAUACGGCGUACAACUACUGAAGAGGAAAUAGGAAUGUAUUCAGGAGAAAGAAAGCUUGUCGCGUCCUGA